AUGUAUCAGGGACUCCAAAUUCCUCUUAAUGAUGCAAAGAAGUACUACAAGGCCGGUCAAUUAGCUGAAGCAUUUGACUGCUAUGAACUUGUUAUCAGAUCUUGCUACACUAACGAUAAUUUCGAUGAAACUUUUAUCGAAGAUUUCUCAGAAGCUCUUUCCUGCAUUGUCGCAAUUGCUACUAAACUCCAAAUUAAGAAUUUAGCAGAAGUUAACGCAAUCAUGGAUAAUUUCCUUAAUGAACUUCUACGUGCUCGGGGUGAGAAAGAUGAUGCUAAGCGCGCUGAAUUAAUUCGUGAAGUUUGCAUCAAAUAUAGUGAUCAAAUCAUGAAGCAAAACCCUGUAAUCAGAAAGAAACUGGUUUCAUCUAAUAUUUCGACAUAUGUCAUCGCUGGAACUGCUGUUCUUGCUGCUUCUGCUGCAGCUUUCCUUUUCUUCUCAAGAAGGAAGUAA